UGGCCUUUCUUCUCUCCCACACAUUGAAAAUCCUUUUUCUCCCUUUUUCUUUUUCUUUUCAGAAAACAUGGGUUCUCAAAGAUCGACUAUGGCGAUGCUUUUGCUGAUGAUGUUCACUUUAUCAUCGGCUUCAGACAUGUCCAUCAUCUCCUACGACAAAACUCAUCCCGACAAGUCAGAGUCCAGUUGGAGAACAGACGGUGAAGUCAUGGCCAUGUACGAGGAGUGGCUCGUAAAGCAUGGCAAAACAUACAACGGGUUGGGAGAGAAAGAGAAGAGGUUCCAGAUUUUCAAGGAUAAUCUCAGGUUCAUCGACCAACACAACGCCGAUGAGAGCCACGGUUUUAAGGUCGGUUUGAACCGGUUCGCCGAUCUCACCAACGAGGAGUACAGAGCCACGUACUUGGGAGUGAAGAAACCUGAAAGGAAGCUUUCGAAGGCGAGUGACCGGUACAAGCCGGUUGUCGGUGAAGAGUUGCCGGAUUCCGUUGAUUGGAGAGAGAAAGGAGCUGUUGCUGAAGUCAAAGAUCAAGGGAGUUGCGGGAGUUGCUGGGCCUUUUCAACCAUUGCUGCAGUUGAAGGCAUAAACAAGCUUGUUACAGGUGAACUCAUUUCACUAUCGGAGCAGGAGUUGGUAGAUUGUGAUACAUCCUACAAUGAAGGUUGCAAUGGUGGUCUCAUGGAUUAUGCCUUCGAAUUCAUCAUAAAAAACGGUGGCAUCGACACCGAAGAAGAUUACCCUUACACUGGUCGUGACGGUAGAUGCGACUCUUAUAGGAAAAAGGCAAAUGUUGUUACAAUCGACGAUUACGAGGAUGUUCCACCAAAUAACGAGAAAGCUUUGCAAAAGGCCGCUUCGAAUCAACCGAUUAGUGUUGCCAUUGAAGGAGGAGGCAGGAGUUUCCAGUUAUAUGAUUCGGGUGUGUUUGAUGGAAGAUGUGGAACACAACUAGACCAUGGUGUGACUGUUGUUGGAUAUGGCACAGAGAGCGGUAAAGACUAUUGGAUCGUAAAGAACUCGUGGGGAAGCAGCUGGGGAGAGGCAGGCUACAUCAGGAUGGCGAGAAACGUGGCCAACUCCGUAACCGGAAUAUGUGGAAUCGCUAUGGAACCGUCUUAUCCGAUCAAAACAAGCGAAAAUCCCCCGAAUCCUGGUCCCUCUCCGCCAUCCCCCAUACAGCCUCCUACCGUCUGCGACAACUAUUAUAGCUGCCCCGAGCUGACUACUUGCUGCUGCAUCUAUGAGUAUUAUAACUACUGCUUCGCUUGGGGAUGCUGCCCACUCGAGGGUGCCACUUGUUGUGAUGACCACUACAGCUGCUGCCCUCACGACUACCCCGUCUGCAACGUCGAUCAAGGCACAUGCUUGUUGAGCAAGGGCAACCCGUUGGGAGUGAAGGCACUGAAGCGCACCCCGGCCAAGCCAUUCUGGGCACUUGGAAAUUUAGGCAGAAAGAACAUUGCUUGAGUUGAAGGCUGGCAUUGUAAUGCCGUGGCUGAUGGGGCUAAAAGGGAGGAAAA